UUUGCGAGAGGAGAGAGAGAGAGAGAGAGAGAGAGAGCUGACAUCGAGCGAUCGACUGUGGCAACGGAGGGAGUUCACAGACUCUGCCAGAGAGAGCGAGAGCUUCUUCGAUUCUGUCAUAGUUUCGAUCGGGAAGCUUCUGCGAAGCGAAUCGAGAGGGUCAGAGAGAAAGACAGAUUGAGGAGAGGAAGGGUUUAGAAAGAGAUGUUGCCGACGGCAUCCAAGGGACGGUCAUCGUCCUCCGCCUCUCGAUCGAACAACACGUUCGCUCAGUACCUCCGCAGAAUUGUCAAGUGGCAACAAAUGGACAUCGAAUAUACAUUCUGGCAAAUGCUUCAUCUGUGUACAUCACCAAAAGUUGUAUAUCAGCACACAAAGUAUCACAAGCAAACUAAGAACCAGUGGGCACGUGAUGAUCCGGCAUUUGUGGUGAUCAGCAGCCUUCUUUUGGUAGUCACAGUAUCAGCUUAUUGUGCCGCGUAUGACCACAGCAUUGCACAUGCCGUUUUUGUAAUUAUUUCGGUGUUACUUUUCCAUUUUUUGGUGACUGGAGCUAUUUUGUCUACUUUUUGUUGGUUCUUGACGAACAGCUAUCUUCGGGAGGAGGUUCCCAAUAGUCAUGUGGUUGAACAACGCGUCGAAUGGCUCUAUGCGUUCGAUGUACACUGCAACUCCUUCUUCCCUAUGUUCGUUUUACUAUAUGUGAUACACUAUUUCUUAUCACCUCUCCUGGUAGCUCAUGGCUUUAUUCCUGUGUUGCUGUCAAAUCUGCUUUUCAUGGUGGCAGCGUGUUACUACCAUUAUCUAAACUUCUUAGGUUAUGAUGUGCUGCCCUUUUUGGAGAGGACCACUUUCUUCCUAUACCCAAUUGGUGCAGUCAUCGUCCUUUGUCCUAUUUUUAUGUUGAGCGGGUUUAAUCCGUCCAGAUAUUUCAUGAACAUGUAUUUUAGUCAGAGACUAUGAAUUGUUCAUGGCGGGUGGUCCAUAUUUUGGUUGCGCGGGUAGUUCAACAUCUUCAAUGGGGUACCUGUCCAUUGUAGUUUCGGUUCAUAGAAAGGAUGCAGGACUGCAAUGCCAGACAAGCCACUAUAGUUUUUCUUUGAGGCUUCUUUUCUUCGAAAUUCCCUUGUCCUUCCAUGCACGGCUAAUUUACUCUUCCAUAAUCUCGCAUCCCCUCCAUGUUGCUGGAUUUUAAUUUUUGUAACCGACUUAUGGUUAUCACGUGUUAGUAGGAGUUGCACAUAGAAACUUGCAGUAAUGAAAGAUAAGGCUUUCUUUG